CAAGGGAAACCAAUCGAGCGAGCCAACUACUCGCAGCCACCACAAAUUCGAAACACCUCCUGCCUCUUGCCUGCCUGCAGGAACCGAGAAAAGAAAUGGAGGCGGCGGUCGGCGGCAGCUGGACACGCGUCCGCACGCUCGGCCGCGGCGCGUCCGGCGCCGUGGUGUCCCUCGCCGCCGACGACCUCUCGGGCGCGCUCUUCGCCGUCAAGUCGGCGCCCGCUGCCGCCGCGGACCAGCUCCGGCGCGAGGGCGACAUCCUGUCCGGCCUCAGCUCGCCGCACGUCCUGCCCUGCCUCGGCUUCCGCGCCGCCGCCGGCGAGUGCCAGCUCUUCCUCGAGUUCGCGCCGGGCGGCUCCGUCGCCGACGUCGCCGAGAGGUGCGGCGGCCGGCUCGAGGAGUGCGCCGUCCGGGCGUACGCCGCCGAUGUGGCCAGAGGCCUGGCGUACCUCCACGGGAGGUCCCUCGUCCACGGGGACGUGAAGGCGAGAAACGUCGUGGUCGGCGCCGACGGCCGAGCGAAGAUCGCGGACUUCGGGUGUGCGAGGGCGGUGGGUUCUUCCGAUCGGCCCAUCGGGGGCACGCCGGCGUUCAUGGCGCCGGAGGUGGCACGGGGCGAGGAGCAGGGCCCCGCGGCCGACGUCUGGGCGCUGGGCUGCACCGUCGUCGAGAUGGCCACCGGCCGCGCCCCGUGGAGCGACAUGGACGACGUCCUCGCGGCGAUGCACCGGAUCGGCUACACGGACGCCGUGCCGGAGGUGCCGGCGUGGCUGUCCGCGGAGGCGAAGCACUUCCUCGCCCUGUGCUUCGCGAGAGACGCCCGCGACCGGUGCACAUUCGUUUUAGGCGCGCCGCGGACAACUCACAUCAUGAUACUCCGGUUCAGGACUAAAUGUCUAUUUCUCAAAGAAAGGAAAGCUAAAUGUCUACUAGUAAGCAAGUAGCAACUAGCAUGGCGAUGUUGCAUUGGAUACAGCGUUAGAGCCCAAUAGCUCCUGUAAAAAUAUUUCCAUUUUAUGGGAUGACCGUAUAAUUUAGCGAAAGUUUUUCUAA